AUGGCCGCCGCUGCUGCUGUAUACCCCCCGCUCGACCAGCGUCCUGUCAAGAACACGGUCCUGCUCUUCGAUGUCGACGACACGCUCACAAAGCCCCGUCAACUGGUGAGCCCUGAGAUGCUCCAACUGCUCUCAGAACUCCGCCACAAAUGCGCCAUUGGCUUCGUCGGCGGCUCCAACCUCGUCAAACAGCAAGAACAGCUGGGCGGGCCCGUGGAUGUCACCUCGCUGUUCGACUUCUGCUUCGCCGAGAACGGACUUACCGCCAUCCGCAUGGGUGAGGUGUUGGCUAGCCAGAGCUUCAUUGCCUGGAUUGGCGAGGAAAAGUACAAGAAGCUGUCGAGUUGGAUUCUUCACUACAUUGCCGAUCUCGAUAUCCCCAUCAAGCGCGGUACCUUUAUCGAAUUCCGUAACGGCAUGAUCAACGUCUCACCCAUCGGCCGUAACGCAUCCACCGAAGAGCGAAACGAGUACCAAAAGUACGACCUCGAGCACAAGAUCAGGGAGACCAUGGUCGCAAAGCUCAAGGAGACCUUCCCCGACUAUGGCCUCACCUACUCUAUUGGCGGUCAAAUCUCAUUCGACGUCUUCCCUACCGGCUGGGACAAGACGUACUGCUUGCGACACAUUGAGGCUGAGAAGGAAAUCUCAGGCAUUACCUACGACAAGAUUCAUUUCUUCGGCGACAAGGCCUACGAGGGUGGAAACGACUGGGAGAUUUACAGCGACCAGCGGACCAUUGGACACAAGGUUAAGAAUCCAGACGAUACUUAUGCACAGCUACAGGAGCUGUUGAAGAGCUUUCAGUAAUCGGGCAUGUUUGUAAACUUGCUGUUUUCUCGUUGCGUCAUAGACAAUGUCUCUUGAGGAACAGUAUGUCGUGUCAAACAGAAAGAAAAAAUGAUACCAUUUUGGCAGCGCGACAUCGUCAGUCGGCGCACUAUG